AUAGACAUGUCUUUAGACGAUAUCAUCAAAAAGGAUAAAAUCGGUUCCGGAAGGAGAAGAGGACAGACCGGCGGUCGCGGCAGAGGAGGCGCGCAAAGAGGCGGUCAGAGAGGCGGCGGUCGACCGCCCGUUGGCGGAGGCGGUGGUGGCGGCGGAGGGGGUCCUCAACGCAACCUUCGCACCCGAAGCAGAGCUCUGCCUUACAGUCGACCGAACCAAAUGCCGGACAAAUGGCAACACGACUUGUUUGACAACACAGGACUCAAGAGUCGGUCCAGUUUUGGUCAGAAUAGCGCCGCAAAUAAGUCCGCAAACAAUAAUAACUCCCAUCUUAUGGUCUCUAACCUCGAGUUCGGUGUAACAGACGCCGACAUUCAGGAACUGUUCGCCGAAUUCGGAAACCUUCGAAAGGCUGCCAUCCAUUACGACCGGUCCGGACGAUCGCUGGGAACCGCUGAUGUUAUCUUUGACCGGAAAGCGGACGCAAUGAAAGCCAUGAAUCAGUACAAUGGAGUGCCACUCGAUGGUAAACUAAUGACGUGUGACUUAUAAUACCAGUGGUCACCGAAUCCAAUGAAAUAGAUCCGAACGCGAGCUCUUAUCUCCCCCAAUAGGCCGACCAAUGAAAAUACAGCUUAUGGUCGGAAGUGAAUCGGCGACCGCUAGUAUCAGCUCCAGAAUCGGAAUCCCCGCCGGAAACCGAACGCAAAGCCGCGGCGGCGGUAGCGGUGGUGGAAGCGGAAGGUCUGGAAACUCAGGCGGAAGAGGAGGCUUUAGAGGCGGCGCCAGAAGAGGAACCUCGAGAGGAGGCGGCGGUGGAGGACGAGGCGGAGGAUCGAGAGGACAAAAGUUUGCAAA